AUCCCGCAUUCGCAUCGCGACUCCAAUUUGUUCCCAAGUUUUCCAAUCUGCCAGUUCGUCUCGAGAUAUAAGAGGACCGUUGCGCCGGAUUCACUACUACCCUGCAGGCCCGCAAACCAGCAGCCGUCAGUUCGAGUCGGUUUCCUCCAAGAGACAACGACGAUAAAAGUUGACAAAGGCAACUAACUCUCUUCGACGAGACGACGACAACCAUCACAAUGGCAAAGCCAGUCACCGAAGAGGUCCACUCGCCCGGUGCCGACACCGACGACUUCCAGGGCCUCGUCCUCAGCGAUGUCAUCCCUCGCGAUCGUAAGCCGUGGUACAGCGACUGGACCCUGUGGAAGCUCAACCUCUUGCUUCUCAGCGGUCUCCUGACCCAGACGGCAACGGGCUUCGACGCCAGUAUGCUCAAUGGCAUGCAGUCACUCCCGCAGUGGCAAGAGUUCUUUGGCGAGCCGAAGGGAACGCGCCUCGGCGCCAUGACCUUUGGCCCCAACGGCGGCGUCCUCAUCUCCAUCCUCGUCUCCUCCCAGCUCUGCGACUGGCUCGGCCGCCGGAAGCCCAUCUUUGGCGGCUCGGUCCUCAUCAUUGUCGGUUCCAUCAUCCAGACAUGGUCCCUCAACUACGGCAUGUUCGUCGCCUCCCGCUUCAUCAUCGGUUUUGGACUCGGCAUCAUCUCGACCGCCGCCCCGCCUCUCCUGUCUGAGGUCACGUACCCUACCCACCGCGGACAGGUCGUCUCCUUCAUGAUGGUUUCGUGGCCGCUCGGUGCCCUCAUCGCCGCCUGGGUUACGUUUGGCACCUUCAAGAUGAGCAACUCGUGGGCGUGGCGUCUUCCCAGCUUGUUGCAGUGCGUCUGCUCCGUCAUCCAGGCGUCUCUGGUCUUCUUCUGCCCCGAGUCGCCCAGAUGGCUGAUUUACAAGGGUCGCUACAAGGAGGCCAGGGAUAUUCUAGUCAAGUGGCACGGAUACGGGGAUCCCAACUCCCGGCUUGCUCGCUUCGAGAUGGCUGAGAUCACGGCUACGCUCGAGGUGGAAAAGGUGCAGAAGAGGUCGCGCUGGGCGGAAUGGAUCUCGACCCGCGGCAACUGGCAUCGCCUGUUCUUGGCUCUAUACAUUCCUGCCAUGCUGCAGUGGUCUGGCAAUGCCUUGACCUCGUACUUCCUCUCAAAGGUGCUCAACUCGAUCAAUGUCACGGACCACAAGACCCAGCUCCUCAUCAACGCCGGACUACAAAUUUGGGGUUUCCUCUCGGCCUGCGUCUUCGCCACCAUGGUGGACAAGUUUGGUCGACGCAGACUCUUCCUCGUCGGCAUGUCAGGCAUGGGCGUCUCGUACAUCAUCUGGACAAUCUGCUCCGCGCUGAACCAGGAGACCGGCUUCAAGCACAUGGGCUAUGCGGGCGCCGUCCUGGCCAUGAUCUUUGUCUUCUCCUUCUGGUACCACGCCUGCUCGCCCAUUGGCGCGACCUACAUCAUGGAAGUCACACCUUACUCGCUGCGCGCCAAGGCUUCCAUGCUUUACCAGCUCACCGGUAACUUGGCGGGUGUCUACAACUCGUUCGCGAACCCCGUUGCCAUGGAGGCGAUUGCGUGGAAGUACUACAUUGUCUGGUGCGUGGCGAUCGCCAUCCACCUUACUCUCAUCUACUUCUUCUUCCCCGAGACCAAGGGACGGUCUCUCGAGGAGGUGGCCGAGAUCUUUGACGGACCGGACGCGGCGGUGGGAACGAAUGCUAUGAAGCAGAUGGGCCUUGAUACGCAUGCUGAUGCUGCGGUUGACUUUGAUAAGGAUACCCACAAGGGCUUGGAUUCGUCCAAGGCUACGGUCACCCAGAUUGAUCGGACGUAGGUGGUUUGAGGAGGCCCCCC